UAGCGGGAGCUUGCUUUCCUCGAGGAACACUGUCGUCAGAGGGUGGGCAUCCAUCGAUGUAUCCAACAGCUUUCUCCCGGCCCGACGCCAUUAAUGUAAUUAUUUCCAGCGAGUGUUUCACAGCCUCGAAACGUUUCGCGGGAAUUGAGACUGAUCAGCCGGGCCUGCUGGCAGAAAGAAAAUCCACGUUCUCAAGGGAUACCCUUCGCGGUUCUCCCGUUUUCCUUCCACCCUUCGCCCAUUGCUCGCUCGUUCCUCUUCUAGAGGAUCGCUCGUCACAGCGGCGACGAAGCGUUAAAACGAGACACGCUUGUCGGAUUUGUGUCGCUCGCUUGCAACUGCGAUAAUACCCUGAUUUCUUGUAAUGGCUUUUGCUCGCGGUCCGUUGCCUUCCGAUUCUUAUCUCGGCUGUUUCAAAGUUGACAGAGAAUUAACAAACUUCAUACUUAAUUGUACCAUGAGAGAAUGGAAGAAAAUUGUAAAUCUCCCUUUUGAAAAUCGACGGUUCGUUGUGUACACUCAAUUUCAUUUUUCCACGCGAAGUUGGCCCCCAAUUUUGAACAGGUAUGUCGAAAUUUCGUAACCUCUUUGGCGGAAAAAUUCUCGUGUAAACAGGUUCGGUGAAUGGUGAUCUGAAACCGGAAAUUCGGUGAGAUAGACAUGCAAGGAAGGUAAAUUCAGCGUGAAGAAUUAAAUCGUUCGGAAAAGGGGAGUGGGAUAAAUUUCUUGUUCACGUUGCAUCAUGUCCGCGGCGGAUACCUUCAUCGAGGAGGAUGGUUUUGGAUUUGUACCCAGGCCGAUUCGCGACGAACAGAAUAAACCGUACGAAAUCGUUAAAAGAUAUACAAUGACCAAUAAACACAAAGCAUCGGUGCAAUUGAUAUCUUGGGGUGCUGGUAUUCAAUCGAUCAAGAUUCCGAAUAAACUGGGAAUUCUGGGCGACGUUGUUUUAGGAUUCGACGACAUGAAUGGUUAUUUGGAGCACAGGUACAUAGGAAGCAUAAUCGGUCGGGUGGUGAAUCGAAUUUCGAAUGGUAAAAUGAACGUCGAAAACAAGGUUUACUCGUUAUCGAUCAACGACAAGGAUUGUGCUACUCAUUUUAACGGUGGUUUUGAAGGCUUCGACAAUGUUAAUUGGAAUUCUUACAUAAUGAACAAACACGUGGUGAUGUCUCAUUUAAGUCCAGCAAACAACGAAGGAUAUCCAGGAAGUAUGCUAACGCAAAUUAAAUACUCUUGGACGGAUGAUAAUCAGCUUCACAUUAACAUACGAGCGACAGCUACUAAAUCAACACCUGCUAAUAUCACUGCUAAUUGCUUGAUGAAUCUCGCUGGCCACGCGACUGGACCAAAUGAAAUGAAGAAACACCUGGUAUCGAUGAACGCAGCAAGUUGGACCUUCGCGGACAUCAAAGCCAACUAUUUGCCGACAGGUGCUAUACAUCCGGUUGAUCGUACAGUCUACGAUCUACGUUUACCGACACGGUUAACCAGGAGGCAACUUUACAACGUACCAGGGGGUGGUUACAAUCAGAACCUCUGCAUAACCGGUCCCAGUUGUUGGGUCUAUCGAUUCCAUGCAAGAAUUCUGCAUCCCGAUUCGGGAAGAACUUUAGAGAUAUAUUCGAAUCAACCAGGCUUGCAAUUUUACACUGGAAAUGAUCUACCAGACCCCGAUCGCGUUUAUCCCCCUGAUUUCGAGGAUUAUUGUAACAUCGAGGACGAAAUACCGGAAAUGUACGAAGAACAAAAAGAAAUUUGGGGUAAGGAUGGUGUUCGGUAUCGAAGACACGGUGGAUUCGUUAUGUCACCCCAGAACUACCCCAAUGCAAUUAAUAUAAGCAAUUUUCCUUGCUGCAUACUUUACCCCGGUGAAGUUUAUGCUCACGAUAUGACUUAUAAAUUUGGUUUAUUGUCUGGGAAAUAAAUGAAAACUUCAGACUCGUUAAUUAAAAAAAAAAACAAAAAAAAACAAUAUAAAACUAAUUACUGUGCUCGUUAUUCAGAGAGCUUGUAUUUUAUUUCACGCAUCAAUUUGCUGUUUCUUAAUUUAUUCAUGGUAAUACUUAGUCGAGAAAUGAAAAUUAUAGAUUUAUAACACAUAUAUUUGUGAAUCGUCCCGGUUGGAAUAAUCCUCGCAUUCGCGAUUGAUUGUACAAAAUUAUCCAUCAUAGUUUCUAUUCACAUAUCUAUCGUAAAGACAAUCGUACAACUUUCCUCUGUGUUUUUAACUGACACGAUUAAGGAUGAUUAACGAUCGUCUCCUAAAAUUGUACAUAUAUUAUCUGAUCGAUUAUCGUUACUUGCCUUAUAUAAAUUCUCUUUUAAUCGUCCUGAAGGCACUUAAACGCGACGGUGCAAGACACGCGCAAACCAGGUACCCCGGUCUGCGAAUUCUACACGAAUUUCACUAUCUUCUAGCCGUCUAUAAACGUUAUAUAAAUAUAUAAAGCUACGUCUGUGUAUGUAUACAUUUCAUCGUUAAACUUAGGUAUAAUAGAAAUCUUCGUUUUUCGUUUGUACAUUCCUAGAGUGUUCAAUUUCUACGUGUAACAUUUCAACAAAUGACAGUAAUUCUGCAGGCAGUUUCCGAUCUGCAUUUAGUCUUCUUUUUAAAUUUCAUAAGUUUCACGAGUAUUUCGAGGCAUUGUUGACGUAGAUUAUGGUUAGUUUCGAAAAA